UAUAUAUUAACUAAUAAAAGUUAACAAAUCAAUAUAGCAAAAUGAGUAUUUGGAUAGCCACUGUUGUUGUUUUAGUGACAUCCUGUAAUGUUUAUACAUUGACGCCGACUGAAAAGGAUGCCAUCAGAACAAUAAAAGAUAACAAACGUUUUUUCGAACAAUUCGUUAACGAGAAGACGAUCACCGAUGGUUCGUCUGCAGGUUAGUUACGUAGCAUUCACGGUUUAUUGGACCGGUAACAUUUUUAUAUUUUAUUCAUAAUAAAUUAUUUGUGAUAAUUAACUUAUAAUAAUGAUAGUAGUAGUAAUUAAUAAUAAUAUUACUUUCUCAAAUUAUGAAAUUAUUUCAAAAAAACUGUUCAAACAUUUACGACACCAUGAAUUAUAUUACGCAGGAUCAGGAACUAGUGGCUAUGACGAUAUUCCGGAGUUUGCCAACUGCAACCUGAUAGACGUUCCAGUGGAUAUCGCCCAGCCAGCAGCGACAGCCGAUGGGGAAGACAGCGUGGAGUUUCAUUGGCCCCCGUCUACGGUUCUGCCCCGUUGCAUGGGUGGGUGUGUUCUCAGGAACGAUGCUUGCAAGGCGUCUAGAAUUGAGAAGAAAAAUAUUAAUGUAAGAAAAGUAAAGUUUGUGAAUGGGAAAUAUGACAUCAUAGGGUCUGCCACGGUAGAGGUGGUCUACCAUAGGGCCUGCGACUGCGCGUGCAAACAGGCAUCCUCUGAUUGCCACCCCACCAAACAUAAUUAUACUGAAAGUAAAUGUAGUUGUGAUUGUAAGGAACAGAAAUCCUGUUCCUCCUUGCACCAAUGGAGCAAAGCGACCUGCAUGUGCCUCUGUAGACAAGUUGCUGAAUGCCAGGCCAAUGAAAUUUUUAGCCACGGCACAUGCAAGUGCGUAAGAGACACUUCACUCGGUGGGGAUUUGGCUUCAAUUGCAAACGUAAACUUGGCCCAAAUUUGUGCUAGAAAAACCUGUCCUAGCAAUCAAAUACUGGCCCUGGUCAGCAACCCUUGCGUCUGCAAGUCUCCUUAAUAAUAAUAACAACAAUACUAAUAAUAAUGAUGAUGAUGAUGAUGCUGAUGAUGUUGAUAAAAAAGAAAAUUAUUUAUUCAUGUAUCUGAGAUUUGUGAUUCAUUUGUCGAUACCUACUGCUGAACGUUUGUGAAAAAAUAAAUUAACCGAUUUUAUGGAAGUUUAUUGCUUAGUAUUUAGGUAUAUCUAUUCAUUUUUUUUUCGUUUGUUUAUUUAUUCAUUCAUUCACUCAUUCAUUCUUUCAUUUAUUUAUUUAUUCGUUCGUUCAUUCAUUCGUUUAUUAAUUCAUUUUUUCGUUUGUUCAUUCGUUCAUUCAUUUUUUCAUUCAUGCAUUUAUUCAGUCAUUCAUUCGUCUGUUCGUUCAUUCUUCAUACGAUUGUUAUCCAUUGCCAAAUUAUUUUAUUGAAAUUAUUGUACUGCAGAAAUUAAACGAAUUUAUUUAUAUUUUGAGAACACUUGACAUCUUUUGAAAAAAUU